AUGGGUUGUGCUGGAUCGUCACAGUCUCAAGGAGGAGAAGGGUCAGUGAAGAAAAUUAGGAAGCCGAAACCGUGGAAGCAUCCUCAACCGAUUACGAAAGCUCAGCUAAUGCAAUUGAGAGAAGAGUUUUGGGACACUGCUCCUCACUAUGGCGGUAGGAAAGAGAUAUGGGACGCACUUCGCGCUGCUGCUGAAGCCGACAUAUCUCUUGCACAAGCAAUCGUGGACAGCGCAGGAGUCAUUGUUCAAAACACUGAUCUCACAGUAUGUUAUGACGAAAGAGGUGCUAAGUAUGAGCUACCUAAGUAUGUUCUAAGUGAGCCUACCAACUUGGUUGAAGAAAAUUGA